AGAUAAAUUCAUGACCUGAAAGGAUGAAUAGUAUCGUAUGUUAAAAACCUUCAGAUUUGUUUUUUUUACACAACACUCGUUUCAACAUAUUUUGCACUGAAACGCCCUCACAUAUCUCUGUUUUAAUACUCGGCGUCCAUGACAUGUGCAGCAGUCCCUUGACGUUGAGAGAUGGCCAUGUUAAUGUCAUGGAUAUUCCCUUGCUCGUUCGCUCGCUGCCUAUAAUCAGUAAACAUCGGACCGUCGUCGUCUUCCGCCGGCCGCUCGUGUUCAUAAAUUGCCGCCGGCAGCUUUCCUCCCCCAUUUAUAGUACACUACGCCUCUCCUAGGUCUAGGUAGACGGCGACUGUUGACGGUCUUGAGAUUUUCUCCUACCUACCUGCCUACGCAUUCGCCAUCGUCUUGCUAGGCUCCGACCAUGCGGAAGGACUUCUCCUGCUUCCGCGACGGCGCGGUCACCACCCUCGCCGUCGCCGAGCCGGGCUCCCCCGCCGACCGCCUCGACCGCUCGCUCCAGGCCGCCACCGCCUGCGUCUACCGGGUCGCGCUGCUGGCGGCCUCGCGCAAGGACCUGCUCGUCACCGUCACCUGGACCCGCCGGUCCGUGGUCUCCGUCGCCGAUGCCGCUGCCGCCGGGGCCACCGGGCUCUCCGUCGCCGUCGAGGAAGUCCAGGCCGAGGCCCCCCCGAAGCAGAAGCUCCUCCCCUCGCCCGCGACGCCGAGGAGGUCGGCGGUGGUGAAGCCCGCGGCCGCGGGGACCGCGCAGCAGCGGGUCAUGCACCUGAUGCAGAAGAAGCGCGGGACCAGGUCGUUCGUCACGGAGGGCGGCACGGCCGUGGCCGUGCACUGGGACACGUCGGAGGCCAAGUACGCGGCGGCCUCGCCGGAGCCCUGCGGCGGGGAGUACCACCUGGCCGUGGUGGCCGACGCGGAGCUCGCGCUGCUCCUCGGCGCCGGUGCCGCGCGGGAGGAGCUGUCCCGCCGGUCCGGCGCGCGCCCGCGCGCGGUCCUGGUGAGCCGGCGCGAGCAGCUCCGUGCGUCGGCCGCGGAGGCGUCGGUGGCGCACAGCACGCGGUGCCGGUUCCGGGACGGCGGGGCGGAGCACGAGGUGACGGUGCGGUGCCGCGGGGACCGGCGGGGCGAGCAGCAGCAGGAGGGGGAGGUGGCGGUGAGCGUGGACGGGAAGAGCAUCGUGGAGGCGCGGCGCGUGGGGUGGAACUUCCGCGGCAACCGCACGGCCGUGCUGGGCGACGGCGCCGUGGUGGAGGUGAUGUGGGACGUGCACGACUGGUGGUUCUCCGGCGCGAGAACCGGCGGCGCGGCGCAGUUCAUGGUGAAGGCGCGCGGGCCCGGCCCCGCGGACGGCGGGCGGGUGUGGAUGGACGAGGAGCUGGCCAGCAAGGGCCAGCCCCCCGACGGCUUCUUCCUCCACAUGCAGUGCUACCGCCGGUGA